CGGGGUAGGGCGGGGCGGGGCUGUGCGCGGGCUUCCACCUCAGCCGCUCUUGGAAGCCCCUUUCUCAGCUCCUCGAAAGGCUCGUCCUUGCGUAUGCCUGUUCUCAGCGGAGGUCUCUCAGUAAAGCGGGGAGUUUUCAAGCGGACCCAAAAUGUAGGAGCCCGAGAGCAGCUGGAGCAGAGAGCACAGAGGGGCAGAGCCGGAGCCAGGGGAAGGGGUCACUAGCAGAGCAGCAGGAGGCGCCUAUUUUCUUUCUUGUGAUUUUUUUAAUUACUUCCCACAAGAAGGUGCGGGUGUAGAAAUACCUGUCUGAGCAUCCCCAUGCCACAGCACCCUCAAUAUAAAACUGAUCAGCAACCACGAAUCCCUACUUGACCUUAUGUGGCAUCAAGAGAGAAAGUCAGGUCCCACCUUUCUCCUCUAUGGGGAACAGGCUUCUGAAGACAAAAGGGGGAGCUCUCAGCGAGACAUGAAGACAAAAGGAAGAAGCCGGUUGAGAGGGUUUUCUCACUUUCAGGCUGAGGUAGUUGUGAUUCCAUCACUUGGCACGUUCUGUUGCUUGAAAGAGACGUAACUUCUGUCAGAGACAGGCAGGCUGAAUAAUACGCAUCAAGGUACACUCUCCUGGUGGGCACUCUGCAGCUGUGAAGGAGUCUGCAGGAGCCAAAGAAACAGCCAGAGCCCUGAAAGCUGAGUAUUGCUGGCUGCUGAGAGUUGACCACGUGUUCCCCACUCCAUCCCCCAACAAGACUGGACCAACCAAACUUUUGGGGACAGAAGCCCACUGCAGGAUGGCUCGGAAGAUGAGUAUCAAUGAACUGGAGGACCAGCUUCUCUGUCCCAUCUGUCUGGAGGUUUUCAAGGAACCCCUGAUGCUCCAGUGUGGACACUCCUACUGCAAGUCCUGUGUGGUGUCCCUGUCAUGUGACCUGGACAGGCAGUUCCUAUGUCCUGUGUGCCGCCAGGCUGUUGACUGCAGCAGCUCACCGCCCAACGUGACACUCGCCCGGGUCAUUGAGGCACUGCAAGCCAUGGGCGAGUCAAACCCCACUCAAGAGUCUUGCCCAGUCCACCACAACCCCCUCAGUCUCUUCUGUGAGCCUGACCAAGAGGUGAUCUGUGGGCUGUGUGGCAUCAUCGGUGCACACCGGCAGCACAAGAUCACACCAGUCUCUACUGUCUACAGCCGCAUGAAGGAGGAGCUCUCUGUGCUGUUAACUGAAGUCCAGCAGCAAAAAAGGAACCUGGAUGAACACAUGAGCAAGCUGGUUAACAACAAAAUUCGUAUUGCGAAUGAGUCAGAUGUCUUCAAGUGGGUGAUCCGGAAGGAGUUCCAGGAGCUGCAUCGCUACAUCGAUGAGGAAAAGGCCAGCUUCCUGGAAAGCACUGAAAUAAAGGCUGCUCGCCUCAUUGCCUCUAUUGAGUCCCAUGUCAAGCAGACGUCAGAAACCCUGAAGAAGUUAAAGGAGGUAGAGAUAUCAUUGGAUAAACUCAACAAUGAAAGCCAAUUGGAUUUCAUCCGGAAACACGGCUCAAUCAUCUCCAGGUCAGAGCUUCCCCAGCUGAAUCCACUGGAAGGGACCUUCAGUGCUGUCUCCUUCCAGCCAGGCUUCCAUCAAGAUGACAUCAAGUUGACUGUAUGGAAACGUCUGCAUCGCAGAGUCCUGCCAGCUCCAGAAACACUGAAACUGGACCCGGCAACUGCACACCCUCUACUGGAGCUGUCCAAGGGAAACACGGUUGUGCAGUGUGGUCUCUAUCAGCGCCGGGACAGCAAUCCUGAGCGCUUUGACUCCAGCAACUGCAUCCUGGCCAACAAGGGCUUCUCCUGGGGCAGGCAUUACUGGGAGGUGCUUGUUGGCACCAAGAGCCACUGGCGCCUGGGCAUCAUCAAGGGGACGACGAGCCGCAAAGGCAAGCUGAGCAAGUCUCCUGAGCAUGGUGUGUGGCUCAUUGGCCUGAAGGAAGGUAAGGUCUAUGAGGCCUUCAAUACUGCACGCACCACACUGCCGCUCAAAACUCGGCCCCAGCGCAUUGGCAUUUACCUACACUAUGAGAAGGGUGAGCUGACCUUCUACAAUGCGGACAGCCCCAAUGAGCUUCUCUCCAUCUACACCUUCCAGGCAGAAUUCCAGGGGAAACUCUACCCCAUUGUGGAUAUGUGCUGGCAUGAGCGGGGCACCAGCUCCCUGCCCAUAGUGCUGCUUACACCCUCCAUGAUCCGACACACACGGUCUCCUGACAGAAGCUCUGAUCCAGAGGAACCCACAAAGCUAUAGAUCUCCAUUCAGAAAGAGCCCCUCACUCCUGGGAAUAGACACACCUUUCUCUGUGUGGUGAUCUACUGCCAGGGAAGGGGCUAUGGACCUACACUGUUCUCAGUUGUUCAGUCUCAGGGUUGGGAUUGACAUGGAAACAGGUUCUUUAUCCAUUAAGGGCAGAGAACAGGCAUAAACCAAAGCAGCAUGCCACACAAGUGAAUAUGGACCUGAUGCCUACCUUUAGACCCAUCACCAUUGGUGAGUUCCAUUUAUCCCUGCUGCCUCCUCCUUUCCCAGACUCUUAUGAAAGGCAAUAACAACUGCUGGACAUCACUGACCAUCACAGGCAAAGAGCAGCAGGCCCAGAUAAACACCACCGAGCACAUGUCUCUGGUCGUAGACAGUGAGCCGUAUGACAGAUGCUGUAGAGUUGCAGAAUGCUCAGAGGCCAUUGUAAUAACUCUUUACAUCUCCUAGGGGCUGGCUAGUGAUUGUAUUGUCUGCUAAAUGGGUAAAGGAUACUUCCUGUGAAAACA